CAUAAAUAUUUACAUUUCCUUCCUGUGACAAAUAUGAUUGUUUGUCUCCUUAGACUUUUCCAGGAAAUGCCAAAUUUGGUCUAUUUUGGUAUCCCUGAUCAACUAAAUCAAAUUAAGUUCAUCUAAAUUAACCUAACCCGAAACUAAUUAACAAAAUUUAAACCGAAUCUAACUCAGCUUUUGACAUAAUGUGUUGAUUUUCAGAAGCAUCUAUAUGAGUUGGUAAUAGCUGAGCGCACAAAAGUUAUUUCAUAGACGUGAAGUACAGUGAUCAUACUACCACAACAUGCAGUCACGUCAUGUGCUACUGACAAGGACCAAUAGUAUUGGGUCUGUAAUAUCAAAAGAAAAAUGGCAGCAAUGACAGCAAGUGUACUAAACAACUUUGCGGACUUGGUGAUGUCGCUGCCAAUACCUUCCUUAGAGGCAACCAUAAAACAAAAUCCAGCCGUUAUUGAUACAACAGGAUAUGAUGGGAGAACAGCUCUUCAAAAAGCAGUGAUGGUUGGAAACCUGCACGUCGUGAGGCUGUUGCUACAGUAUGGAAGUGAUCCAAAUGUCAGGGCACAAUCAGGGGAGACUGCUGUACAUGUAGCCUGCUGUAGAGGAUUGCUUAACAUGGUUGUGGUGCUGCUGAAGCAUGGAGGCGAUCCCAUGGUGACUGAUGGCGCUGGGAGGGUUGCCAUUCACUGUGCUGCUAUCGCUGGUUCCCCGUUGCUGGUGCAGUACCUGGCAGAGGUGUGUGAAGUUAAUCUUGAAGCUGAAGAUGCCCAAGGCUGCACUCCUCUGCACAUUGCUGCCUCCUGUGGACACCUCUCUCUAGUGGAAUACCUCGUCAAAACUAAAAAAGUGAAUAGAACCAAGGUGGACUCUGAAGGCAAUACAGUGGUGCACUGUGGUGCUGCUGGAGGAGUGUCUGGAGUGUGCUGGGUAUUGGUGUAUCCUGGAGCUGAGCAUCUCCUCUCUACCUCCAAUGCAGCCGGCUUCACCCCUGCCCAAGUGGCCCAUGCAUCGAUUUCUGUCUCUCCUGACUGCCGCCGGUGGAUUGACAGGUGGACUAGACAGUAUGAACAGAGUAAAACACUAGAGUCUCCGUGCUGGCCUUGGUUAAUACAACUCUUCACUCCAUUCACAAUAUUCUAUAUAGGAAUUCUUCUGUGUGUUUUUAUGUUGCCUCACCACCAGUGGAUGACAGGACUGCCAGUAUUCCUUGUGACCCUCACUGUGAUGGCUCGCCAACACCACCGACUCAAGCAUCCCAUCAGAUGGCCCAAUCCUAUAUACUUGGGAGCUUAUGGGGGUGGCCUCUUUUCCACAUUGGCUUGUUACACAGUUCACAUCAAAGCCCACCAGCAUGAGCCUGUCUUGGUGUCCCUCAUCAUGUGGACCCUGAUGUUCAUCCAUAUGUUCAUUUUCUACAGAUUAGUCACAGGUGAUCCUGGCAUUGUCCGAGCAGAGGGACCUCUUCAAGAGGUGCUGAGAGGUGUUGGUGAGGGCAUUGUGAAAGGAUACUGCUCAGACUGCCAGCUGGCAUCACCUCCCUUGGCCCAUCACUGUCGUCUCUGUGUUGCAUGCCACCAUCAGACUGACCACCACUGCUUAUUCCUCAACACCUGCAUUGCAGCCAAUAAUCACUGGUACUUUGUGGUGUUUAUCAUGACAAAUAUCUUCCUUAUGAUUGGAUUCUUGAGUGGUGCAUACAGAGCCUGUGUGAUGCCAGGAGUACAAGGAGACUGGGUUGAUCAGCUCACAGCACACGUUUUGUUUUUGCUGAAUGAGGACAUGUGGACUGCCCUCAUGGUAAUAUGCAAUGGAGCUUCUCUAAUAUGGGCAUUUUAUCUCUUAAAUGGUCAGUUCCAAGUGGUGGGCUCUCAGCAAACAACACUGUGCCGUCUUAAACUAGGUAAUCCUGUCACCAAACCAACCUUGGGUGAGAAAAUGAAGAACUUUUGGAGCUUUCUCCUUAGGGGCAGAGUUCCACUUAGUAGUCAAGCUCAUUACUUUAAUACAGUGUAGUAUUCACACUUCUUGGGAGACAGAUUUGACAUAUUUGUUUCUCAUAAGUGACACUUUUUAGAAUUAGAAAUAUUGAUUCUAAUUUCAGAUAUUACUGUGACGUGCAUGUAGCAUAUUUUUGUAUAUUGAAAACUUUUAAAUGUUGUGUUACUUAGAUUUCUUGCAAUUUCUGUUACAUCUCUAAAUUCAUAUGGAUUUAUUGUGACUGCAGAUCUAUUGAUUGUAUUUGAUGCAGAUAUAGGUAAAAACAUGAUUAUAAAGUCCUUAACAUAAGAUGAAGUGCACAAAUUAUACAAGGUGUCCUGCAAGUUAAGGUACAUAUUUCAGGAUUUGAUAGUUCACGUAAUUCUUAAAUUGAAAAUACUCUACGCACAUAUUUUGUUUUGCUGUAUUUUGCUGGAAAUUAGCAUGUAAAUUGUGUGUUGUGGAAGCCACUCCCCGGGGUAGGUUCCCUGGCAACCCAGUGUCAUACACUACAGGGGCAUAUCCCUAUUUGUUCACCUAUUUGUUUAGCUGUGCAGCCAUUUUUUUUUCUUCAAGGCUAUGAUCUGGACAAUAGUUUCCUGUGACAAAUCCUUACUUGAGCAACAACACUGGAUAAUUUAGACAAAGGGCAGUGGUGGUCUAGAGCAGGGCAUGCUUGCAGCACUUAGGCAUAAAACCUUUUUCUCUAGGGUAUCAAGGGCAGCUGAUCAGCAUUGGUAAAUCCUACCCACUAUGCUGCUACAUUGGGCGGCUCAAUAAUAUGGCGUGAAAAGUCAACCCCAUUAUGGUUCCUUAUUUUUAUGCCAUGUAUUGGACCAACUCAGCCAAGUUGGUCCAAUAUUAUAUUGAGCACUAAUUUUCUUAAAAUUACUUUUCAUUAGUGAAGAGACAAGAUUACCAUUAAAUUUGAAGUUUUCUAAAAUAAGGAUAUGGAUUUGGACUUAUAAAUUUUUAAUUUAAAAUAUUGGUAUUGUUACUGAUAUUGAAAUUUUGGAUUUAUCAAUUUAUCAGUUAUCAGGCAAUAAAUUCAUUACCAGUUAUUGAUUAUUAUUGCCAAUGAGGCUAUCAUUAUCAAUUUAUUUGUUAUGAUAUGUCCAGCUAUGCUAAUUACAUCAGCGAUUUGCAGAAUCCUUGUCUCUGAACAUGAUGCAGUAUUUGAUACCCACAUACAUCAUUAUGUAUUGGGUAGUCAUGAUCCCAGCACACUAACCACAACACCACAGGCCAUACAAUAAACAACAUAGUUCAACAAGUAGUUUAAUAUAAACUUUUGAAACAAUGUAUAUAAGAAAUUUUUAAAUAAAAAAAAUACAUAAGAUUAUAAACAAUACAGCUAGCUCAUACAUUUAUAUUGAAACUAAAAUCAUGUAAAUGCUAACCUCUACCAUCAUAGCACCAACACAACACUAUUUUAAUCAGAAACUCAAAAUUCACAUUAGUACUACUAUCUUAUUCCUGAGAUGUGAUGGAAAGGAAUUCAGGUCUUCUCUUUACUAAAUUCUUUAUAACAUCUAAGAAAUCUUUGCAAAACUAUGAUAUGAACAUUUUGUAGUUAAGGACUGUUUUUAUAAAACUCACAAAAUAUUUCUUAAAAAAAAAAAAAAGAAAUGUAUAUAAAAAAAGUUUUGUAUGAUUUUGUAGUUGAAGACACAGUGUGCACACACCAAGGAAGCACCGCCUUCCUCAUACCAUAACGUUACAUGAGCUGCCACUCACUAAAACUGUAAAGCUUAGCCUUUAUAGCUAUGUUCAAAUAUAGGGAAAUGCUCUAUUUACUAGUUUUAAUAUGUUAACUAUGCAAAAUAUUCACAAAUGUUGCACUUGAAUUUGUCAAUUAUCAUUAACAAUUACUUGACAAAAUUCUCUGGUAAAAAAUCUUGCUAUCCCCUUAGGGGAACCCUUAGUAACUGGUGCGCGCACACACACACACACACACACACACACACACACACACACACACACACACACACACACACACACACACACACACACACACAGAACCUUGGUUACCAAACAAGUUCCUUUCAUAACAAACUGGUUUUCAAAAAAAAUCUUUGAAUUCCUUAUUGCUUCAGUUGCCAAAACCAUAAUUUAGUUCUGAGACAGUUACGUUAUUUCAAAUACUAAAAACAAACCAAAAGGUGCCAUUUAUUACUUACUUAAUUUCUAUAUUUCCUGUAUUCUUAUGUAUUUAGAGGAAACAGCUACCAGACAGUAAUUCAAUCUAUGGAAUAUAUUGCCUCAAUGUAAGCAAACAGUUUAUGAUGCUUACAAGUAAUCCCAAGACACAUGGCUCUCUCUCAAUGACCCACAGUGCCAUCACUACCACAACUGCAUUUCCCUAAUAGCUUUUUUCAGUAGCAAGAUGUCAGUGUUAUGAUCUUUAUUUUGGCAGUAAGUAGAUUGCUCCUCUCCAUCACUCUAUAAGGCUUUUCUUACUAGAUUGGUGACAGAAUACCUGCAUGGUCUAAACAGCAUUUUCUGACGAGUUCUGUCUCACCAAGUUCAGGCAACUCAUCCUUUCUGGAUUAAUAAUUUCUGAGCUGGAGAUGUGGAGCAGCCAUCUUAGCAGUGGGAGCUUAUGUCAUAAAUCACUAACUUACUGUCCAGCAGAUUAAUCCAUUUUAUAUUGAUUCCUAUAAGAAAAAUGGUUUUGGUUAUAUUGAUUCCUAUAAGAAAAAUGGUUUUGGUUACUGAACAUUUACAAUUCUAAAUGAUAUUCAGGAAUGAAAUGUUGAAGAACUGAGGUUCCAGUGUAUGAUAUUUUCAGUGUAUUUCAUGGCAUAAAGCUAGUAAUUGAACAAGUAAUAGAAUAAGUUAUUUUGAAUAUAAAAGAAUAAAAAAAUAAAAAUCUAUACAAAUAUGCUUGUUUUGUCUUGCUUUGGAAUUAUGUAAAUCUUUAGAAUUAUAUAAUACACCCACUGCCUUUAAAUCUUAAUGAAAGUAAGGGAGUGUGAAGGAGGCAAGGUUUGAAGGAAGAACAAGUUAUUCUAAGUAGAUCUCCAAAACAGAUAAAUGCUUAUUUCAAUAUACAGAGAACAGCUUCUGGAUCUUGUGUAAUUUUGAAAAUCCAUUCCAAAUUUUUUUCUAGAUUUUCUGUUCAAAAUGUUUUAUAAAAUGUUCUUACCUACUUCCCUCCCUUGUUCUUCCAGGAUAAAGGAGCAAUGACCAUUUCGGAAAUCCUCCUCAUAUCUUAGUUAAAAUAAGAGCCAUGGCCACACAGAGCAGGAGUCUCUAAGACAUUCUGAGUGGCCACAUUGGGAGACACUGGAGACCGGAGUAGACAUGACAAUGUUUAUAUAGCUCACCUGAAGAAAAAAAAAUUUUGCACUAGGCCUCAUGGCUAAAGGUGUUCCUGUAACCUCCAAUCACUGCUAGUACAGCCACCUUCAUGAGCUGUAAAUGCCAUAAAGAUUCUUGCUUCCAUUAAUGCCUGCUCUCUGUGGUGCUACACUCUAUGCAUAUUGAGGAUUUUCUGGUAUUGAGGAUUUUCUGGUCAAAACAAAAUUUUCCAAAUAACUUGUGGAAUCUAAUGUAAUGUAACGUGUGUGUGUGUGUGUGUGUGUGUGUGUGUGUGUGUGUGUGUGUGUGUGUGUGUGUGUGUGUGUGUGUGUGUGUGUGUGUAUGGUCAACCCUUACCCAACACAAGUUGUGGAAAAUUAAUUCAGUACUUGGCAAAGUUUUGAUUC